GCCAAACUUAAAUUCAUUCUAACUAUGCAAGAUUCUAACUAUGCAAGAUCUUACGAAAUUCUCGCUAGCAUAUCCUCUUCGUAGUACUACUGCAGAAGAAUCCUGCGAAUGCCUGCUCCAUUUUAUUUCAUUAUUCGGAAUUCCUAAACAUAUACUCACUGACCAAGGCACCAACUUCACCGCAGACUUAUUCAAGAAAACCUGCGAAUUUCUAAAAAUAAAACAGUUGUGGUCCAGCCCUUAUCAUCCCCAAACACAAGGCGCCUUGGAAAGGUCACAUUCUACUCUCAAAGAGUAUUUAAAGUCAUAUGCCAAUGAAAAUCAAGACAACUGGCCCCGUUAUGUCUACACAGCCAUGUUAGCAUAUAAUACCGCCGUACACUCUACCACACACUAUUCACCUUACGAACUAUUAUUCGGGCACAAACCUCGCAUUCCAGACUCCGUUUAUGGUGACGCCUCUAGUGUUACUUACCCCGAAUACGUAAAAAUGUUGCAACAUCGCCUAAGGCAUUCUCGAAAUAAAGCCUUAGCGCUCAUACAAAAAUCUAAAAUUAGUUCUAAGACUCAUUAUGACAAUCGUACUCGCCCAAUAGAAUACAAGGUUGGCGACUAUGUAUUACUUAAAAAUCAUCUUAGAUUACGUAAAGCCUUAUCACCUCUCUGGAAAGGCCCAUAUAAAAUCGUCAAAGUCCAUGGUAACCACACUUUAUCACUGUUAAUAAAUAAAAGGCAUGUAAAACAUCACUUUGAUGAGGUGAAACCUGUGGAAACUCACGAAGUUUAAAUUAGGUUUAGGUAUAAGUUUAUAUUUUAGUUACUAAUAUAGAUAGGCACUAGGUCAUACAGGUAAAACUAAGUAAAGUCUCUUUCCUUACAGCAUACUGGCCCAAGGUCAUCCGGAAUUUAUUCAUCAAAUCAACGUGAGCUCCGGAAUUUACUUUGACCCUAUCGGUGAACUUAAAAUCCGUAUGAGUCAUUUAGACGUGGUCACCCCACUCGAUAUCUCGCACAUUGAACCCCACUUGCAAAAUAUAAACUCAGUAUUAGGUACAACACGCUACAUAUGUAACCAAAUUAGAUUAGAAAAAUCAUAUAAUUUACAAUGUAAUAACCUGUUAGAACCCUUAACAAUAAGAUAUCAUGACAUUGUCUCUGAAUAUUCCACUAUUUCGCACUUAGUAAAUAGAAGAUCUAGAAGAGGAGCCUGGAUAGGUGCCGUUGGUUCUCUCUCCAAAAUCGUGUUUGGGACCCUUGAUGAAAAUGACGCCAUAAAAUAUGACAAUGCCAUUCGAAAUGUUCAAGAUAACGAAAAAAGACUGAGCUCAUUAAUAAAAGAUAAUAUCCUAAUAACAUCUGAAGUUUUGACAAAUUUUAAUAAAACAUUACAAAGUAUACAACUUAAUGAGGUCAGCCUUAAUCUAGUUAUCGAUAAUUUCUCUUCAACAUUAAAAAAUAUUACUUUAAUUUCAAACGAAUUAGUUGUAAAGACGAAUAUAGAUUUUAUACUCAAUAGUUUAGAAGCAUCUAUACUCACCUUAUCAUUCCACCUCGAAGACAUAACAAACGCUAUUAUUUUUAGUAGUCAAAACAUCCUGCACCCGGCCGUAUUACCGCCCACGCACUUAUACCAAGAAAUUGUCAAUAAUUACAGAUACUUACCUGUAGACCUUAAGUUACCUGUAAGCUUAACAUUAAGUAACAUACAUAUUAUUACAAAUGUAUCCAGUGUAGUGUGUUAUAGUAUAGGCAACAAGAUUAUUUUUGUUCUGAAAAUACCUCUAGUGUCCCCUAAAGAUUAUAGUUUGUAUCAUAACAUAGCAUUGCCAACUCCUCAUAUUAAAGAUAAACCUAAUACUUUUAGUUUCAUAAGACCUAGUAGUAAAUAUAUAGCAAUGACCAUAGACAAAUCCGAAUAUUGUAACCUUGAUUCGUUAAAGGAAUGCAUAACGAUAAGCCCGCGCGAGUACAUCUGUGACGUUAUGACAGUGUUCCCGUCCAGUGUUAACCCCUGUUGUGAAAGUGAGUUAUUGUCCAAUACAAUAAGUGUUCUCCCCGUGCAGUGUAAAACAGACUUCUUUUAUGGAUACGUAGAUUUAUGGCAACCACUCGAUAAUAAUAAUUGGCUAUAUGUACAAUCUAAAAGCAGUAAACUUUACAUUGAAUGUCCUAAAGAAAAACUUGUUGAUAUUAACAUUAUCGGAACAGGAAUUUUAACUAUCCCUAAUAACUGUAUGGCCCACUGUAAAAGUACAAAAUUGAUACCUAAAUUUGAUAAUGUAAAAAUAAAUGUUAAUAUUGUUCACUCUAACUUCAACUUAAUUAAUGAUUCUUGUUGCACUUUAGAUAAGUUUAAUAAAAUAAUAAGUAAUGAGCCUCCCCUUAAGUUGCAUAAUAUAAAUCUAGAUUCAUUCACAUUAGAAACAAAAUCUAAACUAAGUUCCAUUGCUAAAGAAACAGAUAAAAUUCUAAAUGAACAUCAAAUUAUUAAAUACGAGACUCAUUACUCAAUUAUUACUAUAGUUAUAAUUUGUGUAAUCUUAAUCUUUUGUAUAACCAAACUUAUUAUGUAUAUUAAAUCGCGCAACUGUCUAUCCCGUCGCCUUCCCGAUACUAUUCCUCCAAUCCCUGCAGUUUCUCCAACUGAUCAGAUUCCAAUUGCAGAGAAUAUUACUCCCGCUAAAUUCAGUAAACCUUGUUCCGUUAAGGAAAAUAUACCAUCUCCCAGUAUAAGAAUUAAUGUUUAACCCUAAGUGGUUUUCCUCUUUACAAUUCUUCCUAAACAUAGUUUCAACCCUAUGUUUAGUCUACCCCAAGGAGGUGUUAUACUAUACAUAUGCACCCUUUAGUGCUUACAUCACUCACAGACUGCUGCAUCAGCAGAUUCGGUUGCGACGUUAGUCGCUAGUCCAUUCCUUUCAGUCAGUCGAAAUCGAGCUCCUUUCCAUGCUAGACGGUUGCCUCAAAUCAA